UUGUAAACAUCAAGAAAUUAUUUCAGUAUUUCGGAGAACUUGGAUUACAAUAAUAGAAAAUUCAAAGUAUUGUAAUAAAUCGGGAAUGUCUGUGCUGCGGGCAUCAUGUUCAGGUCCUAAAUUAUUUGAGAACACAUUGGGAGGCCCUUUGAGUAUUAAGUGCCUUCAUCAAAAUGUAGAAACAAGUCAAACAUUCUCACAGAGGACAACCAAUCCUGAAACAGUAAAAAAAUUCCACUUUGGUCAGACACAGAAUAAAAAAGAGGAUAUCUUGCACCGAAUAGGGAUUACUAGUGCAUUUACAGACAGAUUAAAAGAUGCAUAUGGUGAUGUUUCCAGCAGAAUUCUCAAGACACCAAGCAUUGUAAAAGAUUAUUUAGAUAAAGCACCAUCCUUAUCUAUAAAAGGAAAGUUUCAGAAGAAAAAAACAUUCACUUUUCCAGAAGAAAAUGAUAAUGUUGUUGCAUCAAAAGAUUUUUCAUCACAAAUUGAAGAAAGUUCAGUGUUGUCAUUUUAUGACCCAACUGCAGAAACUGAAAGUAAGUACAGACCAGUCAAGUUGACAAGAACAGAACUAGAACAAAAUCUCAGUGAAAAUGCUUCCAUACCAAAAAGUCAGGCAGAAGACAAGGGUCUGAGACAUUUACUGGACAGAUUCUGGGCAACCACUGCCAAGGACCCUACCACACAAGAAGAAGUAAAGAAAAAAGUGAUCGUAAGGAAAGACUAUGUGUCACGCUCUACUAUUUCAAGAAAAACAUUAGAACACGUCAAGUUAAUUAGCCGGGCAGAAUCUUCCGACUCCAAGCUUAAACGUCUGGAGGAUUUCUGCCACCAUCUUAUAUUAUAUCCCGAUGAAAGACAAACUGCUUUGAAGCAUGGACUGUUACCAGUUCUUCUCAGGAUGCAGAUAACCACAUCCAGUGAGUUAGCCCAGAGUGAGAUUUCCCAGGCUCUGACAUUGAUGGGGCAUGUCCAUCCUCCCAGAGGUCAGGGAGUCAACAUACUCACCAUAGAUGGAGGAGGCACAAAAGGUUUGGUGGCUCUGCAGACUCUCAGGGAAAUGGAAAGACAUUGUGGAAAACCAAUCUACAAACUGUUUGACUAUGUUUGUGGGGUCAGUACAGGGUCACUUAUCCUGGCUAUUUUAUUCCUGUUUCGGCGCAGUAUUACAGAGUGUGAGGAACUGUACCUGGAGUGUAGCAGACAGAUGUUUACACAGAAUAAAACACGAGGCUAUAGUCAGCUCGUCCUUGAUCAUUCCUUUUACGAUGUGGAACUCUGGGAACGAAUUCUCAAGGAGAAGAUGGGGGAAAAGUUCCUCUCAGAUUUCUCAGAAGAUCCUCUUUGUCCUAAGUACUCAGCUUUAUCUACCCUUUCCAACAUCAGUCGCCUACAGAGCUACAUGUUUCGUACCUAUAACCUCCCCCCAGGGGUCUACUCCAUGUACCCUGGCAGCUGUAAACACAGGGUGUGGGAGUGUAUCAGGGCCUCGUCUGCUGCCCCAGGAUUUUACAAACCUUUUAUUCUUGAUGAGUACAUUCACCAGGAUGGAGGUAUAAUGCACAACAAUCCAACAGCUGUGGCCCUUCAUGAGUGUAAACUCCUGUGGCCAGAUGAACCCAUCCAGUGUGUUAUCUCCCUUGGUAAUGGUCGCUACGAACCCAACCUUGAACUCAUGUCUAGUCUUCCCUCAGCAAGGAAACAGAUUGACAACAUCAUAGACAGUGCUACAAAUACAGAAAGUGUACACAUGACCCUCCAGGAUCUACUACCCCCGGCCACCUACUACAGAUUUAAUCCUUACAUGUCAGACAACCUCAUGCUUAAUGAAAUCAAACCGGAGAAAAUCAAACAGAUGCAAAAAGAUGCAAGGAUGUAUCUCCGUAAAAAUGAACACAAAAUUGUCACAGCUUGUAAUCAGCUCAUGUUGCCGAGGAGGACAACCCAGAGACUCUCUGACUGGAGCAAAAGACAGAAACUAAUGAGGGCGCACAAGAAACCUGUGAUUGGUUAAAACUUUUUCUUGUGUUUUUUUUUUUUCUCUUCCUCUUUAAGAUCAUGUGAAACAGUUUCGGUGUCUCAUUUCUCAAUCGCUUUUAUACAGAAUUUGUUGUUUAUGUACACUAAUGAGCAAAAGAGGGUAGUACCAUCUUGUGGUUUUUUAAGAUUAUGUGUACACAAAAAUCCUCCAUUCUGCUCAAUUAAUUUAUAAAUGUUGCAAGUGCUGAUUCAGAUAUGCAAAUGUGUUACUUCUUGACAAAGUAUGUUAUUACUGAACUGUUUAUGUUGCUGAAGCGUAUUUGUUUUUGGAUUUACUAUAGGAGUGAUCAUGAAGUUUAUUAAAAUGGUCAGGGAAUUCAUUUUACCUCGGACAGAAAUUUUCCUCUGUGUGCAAAAUAUUUUAUAGACUUCUUUUGAAUACACGCUGGAUUUGCAAUUAUUUGUUCUUGCCGGUGUAUUGAACAUUUGAUUGAGUCAGAUGUAUAGUAUUUAAAAGUGCUUCAUUUUGCAUAAUCAUUUUGAUGCAGUAUUCAUUUCUUUUUCUUUUACAUAUAAGGUACUUUAUGGGUACUUAUUGUAACAGGAUUCAUAUUUUAAGGCAUUUGGGGUCAUCUACGUGUUUAGUGCAGUAAUGUAUGAUUUCUGACUAAAUACGAACUCACUUGGUUGUGAUGGAUGAAAAGACAGAGAGCAUGAAUUCAUGAUUGUACAUGUUCUAAGAAUUAGUGCAUGAUCUACAGAUUGUAAAUUUUGAACACACUGGCGUAUUCUUGAGCAAUAUAAUUAUAACAUUGCCAUGCAAACCAGAUUUCUUGGCAAGCAUGUUAGUGAAACUUAUACCGAAAACUGAAACAAUUUCUCUUCAUAGGAACCGUCAUAGUUCUUGGCGAUUUAACAUUAUUAUUAACGUUAAUAAAAUUUUCUUGUAUUGAUCCAAGGAACUAGUUAACUAGUAUUCUGAAAUUAUUUGAAUUUAGUAAUUAAAUGGUUUUAUUUACUGAAUUCAAUCAAUAGAUGCAUAUAAUAUAUCAUAUGUAUUAAGGAGAUCGUGUAAAAUCCAGCGUGAUGUUGCUUUGCUUCAUGCCUUACAUGAUUGUGUUUUCCACUACAGCACAGUACAUAACUAUUAGGUGUACUUGUAUCUAUGUAUGUGAAUGUUUGUGCCUGUGUCUUACUGUUAUAGUGCUGUUAUUGUCUAAUACUUUGAUGUAUUUGUCAUCUUUGUUUAACAUUUUUAUAUCAAUAAAUUACAGAAAUCAG